AUGUCGUCGAGGAAAACAGCCGGUCGUCGCGGUACCAACAAGAAGAGGGCACAGCGUGCUACUUCAAAUGUCUUUGCUAUGUUUGAUCAGGCGCAAAUCGCCGAAUUCAAGGAGGCAUUUAACAUGAUCGAUCAAAACCGGGACGGGUUUGUGGACAAAGAAGAUCUACAUGACAUGCUGGCGUCUCUCGGUAAGAACCCGACUGAAGAAUACUUGGAUGCUAUGAUGAAUGAGGCGCCGGGUCCUAUCAAUUUCACCAUGUUCCUGACCUUAUUUGGUGAACGUCUUCAAGGAACAGAUCCCGAAGAUGUUAUUAAGAAUGCAUUCGGUUGUUUUGAUGAAGAGAACAAUGGUGUUAUGUCCGAGGAGCGUCUCCGGGAGCUGCUCACUACAAUGGGAGACAGGUUCACUGAUGACGACGUCGAUGAGAUGUUGCGUGAAGCCCCCAUAAGGGAUGGGCUCUUUGACUAUGUGGAAUUUACACGCAUAUUGAAGCAUGGCGCCAAGGAUAAAGAUGAGCAGUAA